GUGGUGAUAAAAAGCUGUAUUCCCAAGCGUUUAGAGAGACUGAUUGUGUCUGAAAGUGUUAACGGUUCCUUUAAAAUAGAUACUUCCGGGCUUUUUAUAUAUUAGUGUAAGUCAACCACAAUACACAGUUCACCUGGUAACAAAGUUUACAAUGAAUUUAUCAUGAUGUAUAAGAAUAGUGCCCCGCUUGUUUUGUUGGAGUUACUAUCACUUCUUAACCUAACUUCAACACAGAACAUACAAAUUGAAGCUCAACCCCCCACUGUAGACCUGAGACAAGAUGAUCUGGUUAUCCUGUGUUCAGUCACUUCUCCAUCACAGAUUGAAACAGUGUAUACAAUACAGUUAAUGAAAAACAACUCCGGUUCUACACUAGCAAAUGUAGUUUCAAUUCGUUCUGGUAGUGGUGUCGUAUCGUGGCAGGACUCGAAUUUACAGAACAGGGCUACAGCAACAGGCUCCGUCAGUUCACCUCAAACAGCACAGCUAAGGUUAAGCAUACCUAAAGAUAACGUUCAGUGUCCAGCAGAUUUCACAGGAUACAAAUGCACCAUGAAUGGCUAUGGGACUGGUUCAAUAGGUUCGGUUAAUCAAGAAACAAACCAAAUAUUCGUUUCUUACAGAAUCCAGCCGACACUCAUUGAGAUGCCGCGGGUUCGGAUACUCGGGGAAUUUUCUAGCACGGCCCAGAGACAGUUUCCAGUUGGGAGCGCCCUUCAGCUGACAUGUACAGGACAAACAGGAAGUGACCCAAGGGCUACAAUACGAUGGUGCGCUAAGACUGCGAAUGCUUUUACCUUUACGGGACUUCCUCAGACCCCUAUCCACUCCGAAGCCUCCCUAUCAGGAUGUCAGUACACGCGGUCUAGUACUAUCACCUACAACCUGACUAACAGCGACACCUACACACAGUUUCUGUGUGAAUCUGGGAAUUCUGGUCUCUGUGAGACAGGAACAGCUAAACAAUACUUCAACCUAACAAUAGAAGGCAAUAUUAGUACUCCAAAACACCACAAAAUUGCCAGUGAUGAAAAGGCAGAGAUAAUCGGCAGCGUCGUUGGAGCUGUGGUAUUCAUCGGUCUCCUGGUCAUUCUGGUCUUUAUGUAUAGGCGUUAUACAUGCAACUGUAAUAUAGAUUUGAAGAAAAACAGAGGAGACGGCGGUGUAGUUACAACAGAUUCCAAACAAGGCGAAUGUUACAUAAACAUGGCAGCACAAAAUAGACAGACAGAGAGAGACCAUUAUGAACAAUUACCAGAAGAAAGAGCUGAGAAUCAGUACGACCACCUGUCCGUUCAAGAUACACCAGGAAGUAAUGCGCAAACGUACGAGACCUUACAGGAUUCAGCUGGUGAAAACAAAUAUGCGAAACUUUCAUAUGACAAAGAACAUGCACACCAUUCACCUUCAACAGGGAGCAUAUAUUUCACAUCUAGAGAGUCCAUCUGCCAACCCACAUUGUGUGCAGGAUGACUGUCUCACCCUGUAGUAAGAUCCAUACAAGCUACAAUUCAAAAAGUACCACCGUCCUAACUGUUGAAUGUGAUUUUCCGAAAGACCUACUUUGCCACUUCUGUUGCAGCUCCAAUCCUGAAGCUAUGACCUUUAUAAAAGUUUGUAUUUAGGCCACAAUUUAACUGAGUCACAAUAAAAGAAUGUGGAACUGGUGUGCCAGAUUGAAAGGAAUAAAAAGGCCAUUGUGACAAAACUUGGAAAUAUAAACUUGCGAGGCUUGAACGGGACAUAUAGAUGAGUCCCUACUUGGUGUUAGAGAUAUGGUGAUUGGUUGAUUGUUCUUCAUAUUCUUGAAAUGUCUGAGAACAAUCUGAACACCUUGACCUUUAAUAAAUGAGACAUUAGUUCUCUGAAUGACCUUUGAAACAUGGGCAUUGUCCUGUGGUACUACUUCUCUUAAUCUAAAGAAUCAAUGGAAUGCUGACAAAAUUUGGAGUAAAAUAGUUUUUGUGAUUGUCAUUCUGUUAUCUGGAGAUUUAUUUAAGUUUGAGCACCCUUAAUUAAUACAAUGCUGAGUGGGAUCUGGCACAUUACAAAGUUUGUGAACAUGGCUGAUUGCAGAGACAUGAGAAGCUAUUGUUGAUGGUCAAGAAUUUGUACUAUGUAAAUUGCCAAUAAAAUUGCAUAUGAGUGAUAGGGAACAAGGUAAUUCAAGAACUGAACUCGAUGAACGGCAAAAUUCAUGUAAUGGCUUCCAAUUUCUUAAGUAUGCUUGCUGAGUUGCUGAUGAUAAAGAUGCACAAAGUAACUGUUGACUUAUUGGGCUUAAAUGUAAAUCAUGUGUUGUGGCAGCACUGUUUGCUGGGGGUCUAACCAUGGGGCCAAGGCUAUGGCCUCCUGAAAUUUAAAGCGAGACAAAAAGUCUGGGAUUGUAUUUGAUUUGUUUUGCUUUAAAAAAUUAAAUUUAAGGGCUGCUAAAACUGAAUUAGCCUCACAAUAUUUUUUUCGUUGCUUGAUUGUUGAUUAUUCACACAACCGCCAUAUUGCCUGAGGAUAAUAAUAUUUUGUGAUUUUUCAAUUUCUGCCCCCAGAUUUAUAAUGCUUAAACAAUGAGGAAGAGUUCUUUAAUUGUUAUUUGAUAUGGCUGAUGAUAGUCAAGCCAAGAACCAGAAAACCAGCUAUUGCUGCAAAAUUAAUCUCUCAGUCAAGAUUGCCAAUACAACGGAAUGAAGGCGAUACAGGUUAAUGCUGAUUGGUCAAUAAAGAAAUUGGGAUUCCCAACAGGGUAUCUUUUAAAAACAAUAAGGCUUCGAAGGGAUAAUCAAUAUUAAUACAAAAUGUGUAUAUAAAACAAUUUAUUGUGCCAAUAAAUGUUUAUUGUUCAUAUUCUGUAUUUUAAAAAAAACUUCGAAAGUAUCACGAAUUUACAUAGCCAUUUUAAUGAGUAAUGGAUGAAAGAUCGUCUAGAGUGUUAAGCUGGUUUUGUGUAUAAAAUGUAAAAAUUUUCCUUGUAGGUACAAGUGCUGCUGGACCAAACAUGUUGUAUGAGAACUAAUUCCGUGUAUCUUCCUGUGGAUUUUCUUUACACUUGUUGAAGCAUGAAGAAAUCCUUAUAGAAGAGUGGCACAUGUUGAACAAUAUGAAAUGUUAUUGGUUUUUUUAGGUAGUUGCAAUGUAGCAAAUAUAAUUAUAAUAGCUAUUUAUGAAAUUAUUAUAUGAUUAGUUCGCACCAGUUUAAAUACCAAACAUUGAUUUUAAGGCUCGUAAUUUUAAUACUCUAUCUACGUAAAGGAUAUAAGCCUCCAACUGUCCACUAUGUGAGAGAAAGAACUGAUCGAGGCCCUUGGUCAGGUAAAUGGAGUUAUUCGUAGUCAAAAUAAGUGGCCAAGAACGGUCUAACAAUCGGUAUGAAACACGUCAGACAGAAUUUGACCCAAUGAUAGGUUGUAUUGGCAAACUAGAUCGUUAUAACGAUGAUAGAAAUUGCGAAAUGCUGACUUUAAAGGUCAAGUACGGUGAUUUUCCUAAAACUUGAAUUUUAUACAGGAAAAUGUCUGUCGUACACUUACGGAUUAAUUUCCAUGGCAAUUUUGAUAAAAAUCACUUGGCGUGAAUUACACGGCGCUAUCAAACUUUUACCUGAGCGAUCGAUAAAUGUGUUGUCACGUGAGUUAUCGCUCGUAGCUUAUGACGUCAUCUGCGACAACUUUCGAUUGCAUUGAUAGGCUUUUAUAGUGUUUACAUAGAAAAGUCCUGCAUUUGUGGUACAAUGCGCUGCUUUGAACUGCAAUGUGAAAUCGGGACAGGGAUUAAGCGUGUUUUUUCCUCAAAAGACCCUCAAUUUCGAAGAAUUUGUACACUGAAACUGAAAAGAGAUACUGAGAUUUGUGACAAGCCACGAGGAUCAGUGAGCGACACUUUAAUUAACGAGGUUUCCAUCAACCCUGACGCAUCAUCCUGUUUGACUCCAAACAAAGUGCAAAGUGAUGAUUAACUGGGCAUCCUACAAAACAAGUGGAGGGAUGUAUUUUAUGGGGCUCACGGCGGGUGUGACCGGUCAACAGGGGAUGAUUACUCCUCCUAGGCACCUGAUCCCACCUCUGGUGUGUCCAGGGGUCCGUGUUUGCCCAACUAUCUAUUUUGUAUUGCUUGUAGGAGUUAUGAGAUUGAUCACAGUUCGUUAUCUUCACCUUGCAUUUUAAUUGUAAAAAGUUCAACCCAAAAAAGGGGGAUGCAUUCCAUCCCUCUCUACAUCCACCACUGAAUGCUUUAAUGCGACAUUGUAUUUAUUGGGUUUGCGAUUGCACAUAAAAAUUAAUGUCACCCAUUACCUAGUUCGAAUUGAUUUUAUUUCUUUAAUUAAAUGAAAUAUCUUUCGCAUAUUGUCGAACUCAUACUAUAUUUAUAAGGGACUCAUCAUUUCAUUUCUUCAAUAUAUAUAUAUAUUUUGAAUAAAUAAAAUAUAGUAAAAAUGGAAAUUAAUUCAAUUUAAAAACCAAUUUUGAUAAAACCUUAUUUAUUGCGAGGUCAGUCCAAUUUUCAAAGCUUUUUUUCCCCAAGUUCAUUAUGCAAACAAGUACAAGUUUUUCCUUUCCCUAAUAUGCUUUUAAGUGCUACAUUAAUUAAUAUAUCAUAAAUCAUUAAGGCAAAAUUUCACACCUCAAAAUGCUACAAUUCGUUAACUUUGUGCCGUAAUAUCUCAAUUUUGCAUUUGACGUGUGUUGUGAAGAAAUUACAUGUCCUAAUAGGCCUAAUUUACAUUUUAUGAUAUUGAAUCUACAUGUAGAUGUUAAAAAGGGGGUACAAACGUUGUGCACAAUAAGUUUUUUCUUUUGUCUUUUGUUGUUCUUUUUUCAAAAAGACAUUUUUGAAUUGAAUGUAUAUCUAGCUAAACACAUUAUAAUCUGAAUCUGAUACAAACAUGAGAAUCAAUCUAGUUAACAUCAGAUCCUAAAAUACGCUCACAAUUGUUACAAUAGAGUAUACGGCGAGUAUCUAUGAAGUCUGAUUUUGAUUAGCCUAGCUAUAGAUUGUGUAAGAUACAAAGGUUAUCUUUUGAUGAACAUUUUUUUCCAAUAUCAUUCCAAAUUUUCUAUGGACUGUCCCGGUAAAUAAUUUCUAACUGAGAUUCCGAUGAGAUAUUUGUCGAACAUAGACAUAUUACUAUCUGAUGAUUUCGAAACGGGUGCAUGUACAAACAUAAAAGGUUGAAUCCCUAAACUCAAGUGUAUCUACGGUAUUUCACCGUCACUAUCCACGGUAUUGCUAAAACUGGCAAUUUCUCACAGAAAUUAAAACGAUGAUAUACAGGCGUAAAUAACUACAAUUGUCUCAAAUGACGUGAUAAGAAAGGGCGACAAUUCCUUCAUUCGUUUCUAUAAACAAGGAAUUUUGAAUAGGUAUUUUGCGCAUUUAUUAGGAUUUAAAAAAAUAAACGCAUCAAUAAACUUUUCAAAAGGGGUUUCAAUGAAUUAUAAACUUUAUUUUCAAAUCUUUUAUUACACUUGACCUUUAAUCGACACUGUUGAAACCCCUGCACCAUCAUCUUGUCUGUCAGCAGCCUGAUUCGAUUUAAAAACUAACCAUGCGCAGAACAAACUCUUGCGUUUCGAAUCAGUUGAAAGAUAUAAACACCAUAUGCAGGUGAUAAUGGAAUAUUGCUAAAUAGAUAUGGGAAGUUGACGACGGAAAAGCUGAAAUAAUCCCAUUUGUCCUAAAGUUGAGUUGUUAGUUUGCCGUUAAUAUCUACUUUCAAUAAAAUAUCUAAGUGUGAAGCAGAAGUGGACGAGUAUGUGGUGUCUUUUAUUUCGAGUUUACAUGGAUAUAUCGAAUCGGCAUAUGAACGAAAGUUUUUUGUAUUGCUUAUAGGAGUUAUGAGAUUGAUCAUAGUUCGUUAUCUUCAUCUUUCAUGUGCUCGUUGGUAAAUUUGAAUUUCAUGAGUAUUUUCAUAUCUUCACCCUUGUCAAUAGAUAAAAGAACACUUUUACCUUAUUUUCACAACUUGUUCAUCAGGGUCGUAUAUCCCCGCAGAAGAGAGGUUUGUGUCACAGAUUCUCACAUUUAUGUUACAAAUGUCAAAAAUACACGAUAUUUCAGAUUAAAGUCAAAAUUCACAGGAAAAAAUAAAGAAAAAUUAUAUUUAUGACAAACACAUGACUUCAGCUUCCGAAUCUCCAUCGUCAAUUUCCUAUAGUUAUCUUCUGCAUAUGAGUCGCCCAGUAUAAAAAGGUGUCACUCUGUGGAGUCUAUAAGGCAAAACAGUAUGUCUUAAAGAAACAUAGCAGUCUUUAUUUUGGGUAUUAGAAUGUUGGUUUCUGUAUGAAAUUUCGCCUACAAAAGUACUUUUUUCCCGAAUAUCAUUUUUUUUUUUUACAAAUGUUCUGCUAUACAAUGUCAGUUUGUACUCGUGUUUACCCAAAUUACGCAAUAAAGAUAUCUAUAUGUU